CGGGCGGGGGCAGGGCCCAGCGUCCAGCGACCACUGGCUGGAGAGCCGGUGACUUCCUUGUUGUGAGUCUCGGCCUGGCCGUGUCCUGGCUCGUAGUCCCGCGGUGCUCACCCGGACGGCCAGAGCGAGUCUAGGUCCCAGUCACAACCAUGCCCAACCCCAGCAGCACCUCCUCUCCCGGCCCGCUCCCUGAGGAAAUUAGGAACCUGUUGGCAGAUAUUGAAAUAUUUGUAGCAGACACACUGAAAGGGGAAAAUUUAUCCAAGAAAGCAAAGGAAAAGAGAGAAUCUCUCAUUAAGAAGAUAAAAGAUGUGAAGUCUGUCUAUCUUCAGGAAUUUCAAGACAAAGGAGAUGCCGAGGAGGGGGAUGAGUAUGAUGAUCCCUUUGCUGGACCUCCAGACAGUGUUUCCUUAGCCUCAGAACGCUAUGAUAAGGACGACGAUGGCCCCUCUGAUGGAAACCAGUUUCCUCCAAUUGCAGCCCAGGACCUUCCUUUUGUCCUAAAGGCUGGCUACCUGGAAAAACGCAGAAAAGAUCACAGCUUCCUGGGGUUUGAGUGGCAGAAGCGGUGGUGUGCUCUCAGCAAGACAGUGUUCUAUUAUUACGGCAGCGAUAAAGACAAACAACAGAAAGGUGAAUUUGCAAUAGAAGGCUACGAUGUCAGAAUGAAUAACACCCUCAGAAAGGAUGGAAAGAAAGAUUGCUGUUUUGAAAUCUGUGCUCCUGAUAAACGUAUCUAUCAGUUUACGGCAGCUUCUCCCAAGGAUGCUGAGGAAUGGGUCCAGCAGCUGAAAUUUGUAUUACAAGACAUGGGAUCUGAGGUGAUUCCAGAGGAUGAUGAUGAAAGAGGAGAAUUAUAUGAUGACGUCGAUCAUCCCGCUCCAGUCAGCAGCCCAUCAAGGAGCCAACCAAUAGAUGACGAAAUUUAUGAGGAGCUUCCAGAGGAGGAAGAGGACGCUGCUUCGCUGAAGAUGGACGAACACGGGAAGGGGAGUCGGGACAGUGUAACCCACACCUCAGGAGAUAGAAGCACUGAUUAUGCCAAUUUUUACCAGGGUCUGUGGGACUGUACUGGAGCUCUUUCUGAUGAGUUGUCCUUUAAGCGUGGUGAUGUGAUUUACAUUCUUAGCAAGGAAUACAAUAGAUAUGGCUGGUGGGUAGGAGAAAUGAAGGGAGCCAUUGGCUUGGUGCCUAAAGCCUACGUAAUGGAGAUGUAUGAUAUUUGAGAGUCCGGGGAAGUCUUCUAUCUAUCUGCACGUGCUCUGGAUUCAGAAACCCCCAAAGCCUGAGUGAUUGACACAGAGCUGCCUUCCUUUGGUUGAAUAUUCCUGUCUCCUCUGCUAUUCUGUGUAGUCACUCAUUAAAGUAAUCUAGAUGUCAGAUUAAGUUAGAUACAAGCAGUAUGUAUAAGACCUGUUGCUGUUUUUCAAAUAAUAAUUAGUAUUAAUUUGCCCAUUUGGUUUGUGUGGGAAAAUUCACGGUGACUGUAUUCUUCUUUCCGUCACUGAAGCUGCCAGUGAGGGUUGCUGUUUCUUCGUCAUUGGGCAUCAGUUAUUCUUAGUGUUACAUAUAAUUUCAUCACUGUAAGUUUUGAGUCGAUACUAAAGACUUCUUUAAAGCUGUGUGGACAACUUAAUAAUUUUUUCAAAGAGUAAUAACAUGUUUUCAUGUUUAAAGAGUUGUACAGAUUGGCUAGUUUACCUGCUGUUAAGAAAGGAAAAGGGGGACAGCAUUUCAAGUGGAGGGAAAGUGGCAGUGUGCUGUCGCUUGUACACACAUGUAAGCCAGAGCUAGGAUUGGGCAAGUACUUCAGUGUCUUAAUUUGAUUAUGGGCUUGCCAGUGUUUUCUACUAUAAUUUUAUUUAAACCUAACAGAAUCAAAGAUUCAUAAGAAAGCCCAUUUUACUACCGAUGCAAUGGCAUAAACAACUUGAGCGUGUUUUCAAAGUGCGAGGGCGCGACGGACACUGCCAGCGUCCUGCCUCGUCAUCGCCAUGCUGUCACGCCAGCGUCCUGCCUCGUCAUCGCCAUGCUGUCACGCCAGCGUCCUGCCUCAUCAUCGCCAUGCUGUCACGCCAGCGUCCUCCUCGUCACCGCCAUGCUGUCACGCCAGCGUCCUCCUCUUCACCGCCAUGCUGUCACGCUCCUGCUGUUGUCCCUGUGCUUCUCCAGACUCAGCUGGGAAGGACUCAGAAUGGCAGCGGUCACCAGCAGGUGAAUGGAAGGGUAGGUUAACCUGGUGUCGCAGAGGUACCUGUUGCUGUGUGGGUAGGCUUGCAGAAUCCUGUCUGCCCCCUUCUGUACAGAGUGGAAGUCAUAGUACUUUGAGCUGUCUCUGGAGGUGCCAGGGAAGCCUUACUCUGUAUCAAAUGCACACUGGUUGGAUAUUCUGCAGUAGAUGUGAUCUGCUAUUGAAUAGUUCUUUAGCAGGUCCUAGCUUUUGCUUAGCUUUUCAGAGAGGAAUGCAAAUGAACUGAUAGCAUUUUAAGUCUCCACUGUCUGUGUACAACUCUGUUUACAAGCAAUAGUAGAGAGUGUUUAUUUUACCUUAUUCUGUAAAUGUUGUGAUCACUCAGUUUCAAAACUAAAAGAAAAAAACCUUAACUUUAGGGGUUGUGAAUAAACCCAACCUUGUCCAAGUCUUCAGAAAUUACAUUUGUACAAGGACCCUUUUCCCAUUCGAGUGUCAUUUAAAUAGGUUAAAGUCACCGUGGCAGAAGUUAGGCAGGUAGAACUCAGUGAACUGGCUUUCAGAGCCUGUGUGGUAGAAAAGCAAAGCCAAAGCCUGGCCUGUGGGUGCAGGUUGUGUGCCUUUACCCUGAGUGGCCAGGAGAUGGCAGCAGCUCGUCAUUUGCACGGGGACCCACUUGGGAACCCCUCCCCCACUCGGGCAGCCUGAGAAGCCCUUAGAUUUUGCCUCCUUUUCCAGUUAUUCCAGGAGAGGGAGUCCUUUGCCAACUGAUGGCCAGCAUUUCCAGUAGAGAAGCAUGGUGCUGCUUCUGUCCACACCGCCUCUGGCCUUUGUUCUUUUUAUAACCUGAAUAUACAUGGGAGAAAGAAGGUUGGAACCAAAGGCUUUUAAAAUUGGGAGACACGAGAAAAACUGCUUUCUGUUCACUUGAUGCACUCGUUCUUGUGCUGUGCGGAAGUUUCUCUGCACCCAUGAUAGUACAUCACAUUCUCCUCAAGAUCGUAAUAACAUCAUUAAUGUGAAUUUAAACAACGCAGCUUGUUAGAAAAUAUGCUAAUUGUUAUGUUCUCAUUAUGUUUGCUUAGCUUUUAUUUGUUUUUCUAUGAACAGUUAGAGAGCUAAUUUUUUUGAAAGGUGAUUGUAAGUCAUAUUUUAUAUAGCAUUUUGCUUGAUCGUUUGCUCUGUACUGAAUUUGUACUCUGUUGCCAUUAGAUCUUACAAUAAUGUUCCACUCUGCAAAUUUUUAAGGUUCAAAUAAAGUUUAAUUGUUUGCAAACUGUUAUGAUGCUAAUAAUU